GUCAGUUCAAGGCUAAAAAGGCUGUUUUGCUUUCAGUAAUAUUUAACUGGCUGGUUUCGGCCACAUCCCACAGUGGCCAGAAAACUGCUACUAUAUUGACUGUGGGAAACAUGAGUUCUGUUCAACCUCUCUGGAAUGCUGUAUAAACCAUCCUGGAAUACUCAAGAACAAUGGCCUGACUGUUUCUCUGGCAAUAUGCAUGGCCACAUUCUCCAGCUGUGUGUAAUCCAAGCUGUAGCCUCUUUUAUCCAUCUAGAACCUAAGAACGCUACUGUGUUACGAGGUAGUGAGGUCCACUUUAACUGCAGCACCGAUGAAUCCUGGGAUGUCAUGGCGUGGCUGUUGGGUGGAAGGACAAUCCUCACUAUUUCGGUGGAACAUGGUCCUCUGGGCAGAGAUGAGAGUGUGUCCACAGUCAAUCACUCAGUCAUGUCAUCUCUGUCAGUGUGGGAGUUAGUUCUGUUGAACGCUUCCUUCAGCCCCACUGUACAGGAAGUCACAUGUGAACUGCUGCCAACGAAACUCGGCAGAUCAUCAUCAGCUCUGUUUGUACAAGAAAAAGGAAAUGUCAGGAUUUUGGAGAGUGAUCAGUCAGUUCAAGAGGGGAUGCUUGUUAUCUUCCAUUGCCAAGCGAGUGGCUGGUAUCCGGACCCUUCAGUGUCCUGGGUGGUCAACGGCACCACUGUGGACAGAGGCAACUACAACACCAGCAGUCUUCAGGACCCCAAUGGCCUUUUCAGCUCCACCAGUGUGCUUCAGAUGAAAGCAGAGACGAGCACCAUGGUGGAGUGUUGGGCAUCUGUGUCUGCCGCUCGAGCCCACCAGAGCAGCAGUCUCAAGCUGACUGUAGUGGCACCGAAUACUCCACAGGACUACACAGUUGUGAUCGCUGUGAUAGUGUCGGUGUGUACGAUCAUUCUGCUGGCAGUGCUUAUCCUGGUCUUGUACUAUAGAAAAAAAGUGACAAAAUCGAGCUCUGAAAAUAAAGUCAGCACCUCUUUGUGGUCUGUCAAUUUAAGCAGUAGGAGGAUGUCUGUUGCUGAUGAAACCAGAGGAAAAGUUAACCUAGGAUACCACGCUGAAGACGUAACAAGUUCAGGGCACCAUGAGCUCAGGAACAGAGCAGACAGCACGAUAAACAUCAUCAGCCCUCCGCGGGUUCCUGAUAUCAUCAUUUUCCGCUCUCAAAAUCAGAAAGAGGAAGAUUUUUCUAACUUGUACUACAAGGGAGGAAAGACAGUCCGUCGGGUCACCACUGUUUGACCUCAGGGUCAACCCCACAUCAACCACCCACUGUAAGAAAGAGCCAGCUUUCUGUUCAGAGAGACGCCACAAAUUCAGUCUGACCUUAUUGUUACUCCAAAGAGGUCUUAUAUGCUGAAGAUGAAGAUGCGGUGGCUUGCAUGUCAAGAGUAUUGAGACAUAAUCAUAAUCACAUGAGUCCUGCAGUCAACUGCAUGCAAUCAUUCAUGGUAAUGGCUGCUGAUAAAUCAGCCACAUCAACACUGCAUAUGCUCUUUUUUAGAAAUAAUUCAAUUGGAUGUGAUUAUUUUGUACCUUAUUCAAAUGAAAAUAUUUUUUGUUGAUUGAUACUUUACACAAUUUUGUACAUCAGUAUAUGCAUCUUCAUCAGUAUAGAGGGCUGCAGUGAUGAUGUAUUUUUGUGGGCCAAACCGGAAGUUGGCAUUACCCUGGUUCCAUCGACAAAAAUCCAACUGUAUUUUUCCAAUGGCUUUUGGAAUAUUGCAGAAAAUAAGCUCUGAGACCAUCAAAAGUUUAUAAUUUCACGUUUUUCUCAUCAUGAUAAUUUUUUCAAAUCUUCCCAACUUAAGCCUAAAUACAAUUAGCAGA